UCACAAACUCAAAACUGAAAAGUGAGGAUUGAAUUGAACUCCAGCAUACAUCUUCGUUUCGUUUCCAUGGAAGCGGGAACUAUCGCCAACAGUCCCAUUCAGUGGAGCUCCGUACGCCCUCUGUGCAAUCGUCCCGCCACCAAUUCCCUAAGCUUUAUUAGGGCUUCUUCGAAUUCGCUGAAUGAGGGGCGUUACAGAGGGCCAAAGCCUAGAAGAGAUUGGGUGGCUGAUUGGGUAUCCAACAAUGACGAUGUCGUUCGGAGCUUGCCAAUAUACGUCGGAGGGGUCUCCAUGCUUGCUGUGCUCUUCAAUCGCACUGUUUCGGGCAUUGCGCCAGUUGCUGACGCCAGUAGCUCACAAUCUAGGGCAGAUCUACUGACACUUGGAUUGGCUGUGACAAAUAUAUUAGCUGGUCUGGUAUGGCUGUCAAUCCGGCCAAAAUCUAUCUCUGUGGUAAAUCCUCAAGGUGUUGAGUGUCAACUCAUAUCUCCUCAACUACCCGACUCUGUAGUUUCUGAGUUGUUAUGGGUAUGGGAUUCCCUUUCGGCUGUCACAUGUUGCAGAUCUCUUGUUGUUGUUUAUGAUUGCACUUGUAUCCUACAAAUUGGAGUGGCAGCUGAAUCUCACAAUGACUGCGAACCCCUGGCAGUAGAUGCUAGUCAAUUGGUCCAAGGAUCACUUUAUCAAAGUGUCAUGAAAUCUGGAGCACAAAGCUACUUAGCUAACCUAUCUCUUUAUCCCGGGAGAUCAGAGAUGCCCUUUUUGCCUUCAAACACACAGGCAGUGAUCUUGCAGCCACUUGGAGACAAAGGUAUUGCAAUUAUCGGCGGUGACAUGAUUAGAGGUUUCACAACUUUGGACCAGGCAUGGAUCACAUUUAUUGGAGAGAAGCUGGAUGCUACUCUAGGAAAAUAUCUGAUUAACGAUACACUGGCUGUGCAAGAAAGGAAUUGAAACUGGAGACAGUAGGCAUUGGAGCAUGUUCAUGACAUUGAUUUUACCCUUUACUUGAGCUCUUAUGCCAAAGACGGUCGGCAAAAGCAUAAUGGCAAGUCCCGACCCACAUUGUUAGGGGAAAGUUAGAUAUGCGGGAAAUUGGUGAGGUGAAGGGUAAACAAAGAGGCAAUGAAAGUCCUAAACAGGAGCUGCGGGUGGGUGCCAACUGCCAAUUCCAAUGUUCUCUCUGCAGGCCAGACUCACUGACCUUGUGUAGUCAUCUAAUAAAUGAGUAAACACAGGAUUAUAUUAAUUUCAUUAGUAAGGGUGGAAAGAAUAGGUGAUCUUUAUGUAUUUUGUUUUUCUUAUCUUUUAUGAGCUUUCAUUAGUAGGAGUAUAAUUGGCAGUAUAGAAACCAAAGCGGUGUUUCUGAUGGUUGGGUUGGCAGGAGUCGCCAAUUUCAGAUUUAUUGCAUUUGAAUUGGAUUGUACUUCAUUUAAAAGAAUGCUUCUCUGCUAACUCUAUGAAUUUGGUUGGCUGCUGGUAAAACAUAAUUUUUUCUGAAAA